AUGACCACCUUCACGAAGCUUAACGACCAGGAUGCGCCUAGUAUUUCCAUCCAUCCAACAAGGCGCAUUUCCAAGAUCAACCCCAACAUCUAUGCUGGCUUCACAGAGCAUAUGGGUCGAUGCAUCUACGGGGGCAUCUACGACCCGGGAAACAAGCUGUCGGACGAGAAUGGUUUCAGAACAGAUGUGAUCGAGGCCCUGAAGGACCUAAACAUCCCUGUCGUCCGCUACCCCGGUGGCAACUUUAUGGCAACCUACCACUGGAUCGAUGGUGUUGGCCCCAGAGAGAACCGGCCGUCCAGGCCCGAAUUGGCCUGGCUGGGGACAGAGACCAAUCAAUUCGGAACAGACGAGUUCAUGAAGUGGUGUGAAGUACUCGGAACCGAGCCCUACCUCUGCCUGAACUUUGGAACUGGUACUCUUGAUGAAGCACUUGCUUGGGUCGAAUACUGCAACGGCACCCGGGACACUUACUAUGCCAACCUUCGCCGGAAGAAUGGUCGUGAGGAACCAUACAACGUGAAAUACUGGGCCCUCGGGAACGAAGUCUGGGGACCAUGGCAGGUUGAGCAAAUGACUCAGGAAGCGUACGCCCACAAAGCCUACCAAUGGGCCAAAGCUCUUAAGCUCCUCGACCCUAGUCUUGUCCUAAUUCUCUGUGGUCAAACCGGGUUUGCCUCGUGGGAUCACUACACCUUGAAGCACUGCCUUCUCCCCGCUCACUCCGAGCUCUCCACCAGCGCCGUGCCCUUGAUCGAUAUGCACAGUAUCCACCUGUACACGACCUCGGAUUCCCACCUCCCCAAUGUCACCGCGCCGCUGGCGGGCGAGCGGGCCAUCGAGAUCACCUCCUCGCUGAUCGACCUCGCCAUGAUCGAGAACAACGUGCCGCCGUCCCAGCCCCGGCCCACCAUCUGCUUCGACGAGUGGAACGUCUGGGACCCGAUCCGCGCCGAGGGCAGCAAGGGCGCCGAGGAGUCGUACACGCUGUCGGACGCGCUGGCGGUGGCCGUGUGGCUGAACGUGUUCGUGCGCAAGAGCAAGGACGUCGGCAUGGCGUGCAUCGCGCAGAGCGUCAACGUCAUCUCGCCGCUGAUGACCUCGCCGGACGGCAUCACCAAGCAGACCACCUGGUGGCCGCUGUACCUCUUCUCCAAGUACAUGCGCGGCUGGACCAUCAGCACGCACCUGGCCAGCGCGACCUACGAGGGCGAGACCUCGCCCAAGUGGGUGCGCAGUGUCAAGGACACCCCCUGGCUGGACGUGAGCGCCACCCUCGGCGAGGACGGCUACGUCAACGUCGCCGUCGUCAAUAUCAGCGAGGACCGGGACCUCGAGACCCGGCUCGACGGCCCCACCGGCCAGGUCGCCGUCUUCACCGUCACCGGCGACAACCUCGCCGUCAGCAACAUGAACGGCAAGCAGGAGGUCGGCGUCACCGAGAGCACCUGGGAAGCCACGGGCUCCUACGUCUUCCCCAAGCACUCCUUCACUCUCCUGCGCUGGAAGGCUGAGUAA